AUGCAGACUGGUAUGUCUCGAAAAAAUAUCUUCUUGGUAGGGGCUCCGUUGCCAGCAAGUCUGGACUGGGAUACAGAUGAGCUUCUCAACACGGCCAUACCUCCCUUUCACGAGAAUACGAAGAGCCCAGAACAACAGCUAUCCCUGGAUCAACCACCUGUAAGAUGGAGAGUGUUACGGUCACCAUCAGUCGAUAAGCUUGGUGACAAUUAUGACUCUUUUCAACACUAUGAGGAUCCGGCCUUUUUCAUCUCGCAUCAGCUGGCUGUCGCGACAGAUGCGCCACAAGGACAUUCAGAAGAUUCGAUUAUUCAAUUCUACGACCAUUCUUUUGCCAUCCACGAGACCUCCGAGGUAGCUGACUCAGAUGUGUACGUAGCAGAUUCCACGCAGGACAGCAGUUUGGGCGAGGACAGCGUGUUGGCUAGCUCUACGGCGUUGGAUAAACCAGAUGCCCCGAGGUCACCUCGUAUCCUCCAUAUCCCUGGACCCCUCAGCAAUUUGCAAGACCUUCCCACUGCCAGGUACAUCCAGUCCAUCGUACCGCAAACGAUGACGGUGAAUAUGAUUGUUGGGGUGCUGGCAGUUCACCCCCCACGUCGGAUAGUAACACGACAAUGGAAAACCGAAUUGGAUCUUAUCGAGCUCGUCGUUGGAGACGAGACAAGGGCUGGGUUUGGAGUCAAUUUUUGGCUCAAGCCAGAGAAGCCGACGGCUGCCAAGAACAACGAAGCGGAUCGCCUGGGUCGAUCGCUGGCGUCACUUCGACCCCGCGACAUCGUUUUGCUCCGAACCGUCGGGCUCAGUACAUUCCAAGAUCGAGUGUACGGACAGAGUCUGCGCCGAGGGAUGACUACAGUCGAGCUGUUACAUCGAAAACCGGUGGAUGUGACGGAUGCAGUUGGAUUUUACCAGGGCAGAAUCCAAGAAGGUAGCCCCCACGAUGAUCAGCCGGUCCUUAAGGCUCGCCGAGUACGAAAUUGGAUGCUCCAGUUUGUGACGGAUUCGGUUGGAAUGUCGCAUCCACGUGGACUGCCUCCGGAUACGCAGUAG